AUUACAAGGCAGUUCUAAAAACAACAGUAGCGCAUCUUCCGCAUUAGCUAGUAUACUGAACGAGCACCAAGACGAGCAUGAUGCGAGAAUUAUUAAGGGUACAAGAAAUCCAACUUCUGCACUGUCAACUACAUCUUGGAGGUCCUCCUGUUUUUAAAGGGAAAAGGAGACCCAAGAUGCUGCUGAGGAUGGAUUUCCAUUAGUUCUAAGAGAAAGAAAGUGGCCGACGCAACUUCGUCCUCAAGAAUAGUGGCCCAGCACACCUCUAGGCGUGGUAGGAAGAGUGCAGCCUCUUCCGCAUCAAGUAGUAAAGCAACUUCAUCUUCGACGUCCUCGCGAGUUACAACUGCAUUGCGUGGUGGAGGUGGAGGACGUGGUGGGAAUCCACUUGGUCAACAACAUGGUACUAGCAACGCAACUACAAGCUUGUUCCUAUACAACACCGAUCCUCGCGCAGCUUCUUCUUCUGCUAGUAGCGCGUCUGGUGGAAGCAACCUGUACGACCCGCCUAAUGCUGGAUUGACUCACGAUGUAGUUGUAG